AAAUUCCCACUUUCCUUGUCGGUCUGUCCGGCAACCCGCCUGAAUGAAAACACAGGAGCGACAGGACGACCAGUGAAGCGGUGGUGUGGCGAUAAAAAUCAACUGCAGCUGUACUCUGCGGGUUUUUUUCUCGGGUGUCAACGGUGUGCAUCUUCGAUCAGCGCGCUGUGUGCUGGACGUGACAGAGCAGUAUGGACCCACGGAAAGUGACAGAGCUAAAGGGCUUCGUGCAGUUGUGCGAGUCCAGACCCGAGAUCCUGCACCUUCCAGAGCUGAGCUUCCUCCGGACCUGGUUGCAGAACAUGGGCGCAACAAUCCCUUCCCCACCCAAUACAGAGGAUUCAUGCCAGGGUGGCUGUCCUUGUGGUCCUCCCCCUACAUCAGCCUCACCUCCUGAGCCCGAGCCUCCUGUACGGUCUGAGAGUGAGGAGAGUGAAAUAGAAAUCGACAACGAGGGAGUGAUCGAGCCAGACACUGAUGAACCACAGGACAUGGGAGAGGUCGACACCAUUGAGGUCUCAGAGCAGAUGAUGGACCAGGCCAAUGAGAAGAAGAUGGAGGCCAUUAAUGCUCUAGGAGAAGGCGAUCUGCAGAAAGCUCUGGAUCUUUUUACGGAAGCCAUCAAGCUCAACCCCUGCUUAGCCAUCCUGUACGCCAAGAGGGCAAGUGUCUACAUCCAGAUGCAGAAACCCAACGCAGCCAUAAGAGACUGUGACAGAGCAAUCAGCAUCAACCCAGACUCUGCACAGCCUUACAAGUGGAGGGGAAAAGCUCACAGGCUGCUGGGCCACUGGGAGGAGGCAGCCAGGGACCUGGCAACAGCCUGUAAACUGGACUACGACGAGGCCGCCAGUGCGAUGCUGAAGGAGGUCCAGCCUAAGGCCAACAAAAUCAUAGAGCACAGACGCAAAUACGAGCGCAAAAGAGAAGAGAAGGAGAUCAAGGAGAAACAAGAGCGGGUAAAGAAAGCCAGAGAGGAGCAUGCGCGGGCUCAGAGGGAGGAGGAGGCGCGGCAGUUCGGAGGAGGAUUUUUCCCAGGUCCUGCUGGAUUCCCAGGCGGAGCCCCCGCUGGCAUGCCUGGUCUCGGUGAAUUCCUGAAGGAUCCUGAGCUGCUCAACGCCAUGAAGGACCCCGAGGUGAUGGCUGCCUUCCAGGAUGUGGCACAGAACCCAGCCAACAUCGCCAAGUACCAGAACAACCCCAAAAUCAUGGCCCUCGUCACCAAGCUGAGUGCCAAAUUUGGAGCUUCACCACAGCCAUAGACGGGAAAGGACCAAAGCUGAGAGGGGAGAGCGGAUACGUAGUGAAACAAUGUGGAGAGGCAGAAUGCUUUUCAAAAAUUAUUCCACUGUGUGCAGAUCAAACAGGGGAGCGGGUGACGAGUUAAUUGGUGUGAUGUAGAGAAAGUGGGGCAACUUUUUAAAUGUUCUUAAUCAGCCUGUUAGAACUUAGCAACGUCUCAACAAAGCAGCCCGAUGGUUAGGAGUCAGGUGUGACAACCUCUUCUGACUCGUCUCAGCCGGAACUUCACUUAACCACAGGUUGACAUUUCUUAACCUGUAUCUGGAAAAGCUAAACUGAGAGCUCCUGCAUUCAGACGCUAGCUCACAAACAUUUUUACAGCCAUUUAAUACAUGGUAAUGGUUUAGCUACCGGCCUUUUCUUUCUCUGAACAGAGCCGAUCUCUCACACACACCACUGUCGGCGCUUUUUGUUAUCAGAUCUAUUAUUAUUAUAAAAAGUUACUGAUCUUGAUGUCUGACCCCGUUGGGAAAAUAAUGAUUCACAAUAAUAAAACCUCUGUUGCUGCAAAA